CAAGGAUGGGUAGACAGCCUUCAGAGUGAUUAGGAUGGCGCCGAGAGGAGACCAUUUUGAUACCCAUGUCUUCUCUUCCUGGACUUGUCAGUGGGAAGCCCGUCCAUCUGUAAUCUGGAGGGGUCCUGUUGGCUCCCAUUUGUUUACUCUGCCAGGGAUGGUUAACCACUGCCGUGCACAAUAUGCUCACGGCCGCUUCUACUUCAUAUCUAAUAUCAAUAGAUGGGAAACACUGGUUCUUGACCCCAUGACAAUGGAUUUUUCUACUGUUGAUGGCCCUCCCGUGGACAGAGUUUGUGAUGAAGACAUAUGUAUCGUGGAGGCAGAUGAAGGCAGUCUCGGGAUGUUUCUAACGUACCAAGACUAUGACACAAGCAAGAUCAUUUAUUGGCAAAGUGAAGGUGAUAUUUCCGGACCAUGGCGGGAAGAGAAAAGAAUUGAUGUAGGUGACAUGUGCAGAGUUUUUUCUUCCGAAGGGAGACAUGUAUUUGGAUAUGAUACUAUUGCAUGUUUCUCAUUGGUUGCCAAAGCAUUGGAGCUCGAGAGGCUAUGUUACAUGAUUCUGGAUGAGGCGUACCCAUAUAGCAAUCUUCCACUACCGUACGCAUUACCCACCGUGGCAUCAGGCCCCAAAGAGACGCAGCAGACCAGAACGAUUGUUGAGGAGAUGGAGGAUGCUCAGGAGAUGGAGGACGACGAGUACCCAUUCCAGGACCUUGCAGUGGAUUUUCAGUUACUAGAAGAGGAGAACGACAACGACGACGACUUCUUGUCAGAGCCUACAGUGACUUUUGAGUUAACAGUCGAGGAGACAAAGAAGCAGGUGGCCGCCUCCAUUGGACACUCGAAUGUCUGGAACUCGCACCCAAAGAACUACGGCUCCGGAUCCAUGCCGUGUCUGUGGCAACUCACAUGGCCUGAUCCGCAAGUACGGGCUGAUGUGCUGCAGGCAGUGUUUCCGCAGCAACGCAAGGACAUUGGCUUCAUCAAGGUAUGCGGCAGCCACACCGUUGGUGGAUUUCCUGAAUCCCAUGCCUGAAUUUUAUAUCGGCCGAGCGAUAGUUUAUGUCACUCCAUGCUUGCUUUGCAAUGUUACAUGAUUUGUCAACAAGGCUUCUCUGUAUGGUGAACUAGUUUAAUUUGUUGUAGACCACCACCAGGUAAGGUAGCAUGGACUAUUACGUAAUGUUUGAUAUGGCAUGUUAGAUUCACUUGUUCAGGAUAGAUGCGUGUGCUGCUCCCCUCCUGCUCCAAUAAUCUUCCUGGUCAACUUUUGCAAUCAUCACCUCAUGUUCUGCCUUAUAAUAUUGUCAUCUCUUUGAUCUAAACUCAUGAAUCAUUAAACACCAUAAGUCAUCUUAGGACCGUUGCUGCAACUAUCUUCAUGACUUUGGUACAAAGCACUAUUUUGUUGUUCCCACAUACAUGGAAUGCAUUGCAAUAGUAUGUAUAUCCAUUAAGUAGGUAUAUAUACAUAUCCUGAGUAACUGUAAUGUACUGGAGUAUGGAGAUGAUUGAACUUUGGAAGGAUAUUGUUUCCCUACCUAUUUCUGAUUAAUUGUAGAUUUUAUGCUUGAAUUCAUAGGUUUGGGUAAAUUAUGUUUCUGUUCUGAUGCAUUUGUUUUUACUGUACAUCUCUUUUAUUUCCGAAUACCUGAAUGUUCAUGUUGUGCACAGAUUAAUUUUAGAUUACCGAAUGUACACUCUUGUU